CCGAGCGAGCCGCCAGUCAAGCGAGCAGUCUCAUCCCGAACGCAUCUGCAGUUCCGUGCCGCACCUCGCUGAAGCCGACGUGCGUCGCAACACAGUGCUGAGAAACAAUCGUUUUGUGAUCAAUGGAUUCAAAUUGUGUGCUCGAUUGACAACGCCAACAUGUUGACGUCAAGCAACAACGCCUCGAACCAGUACUUGAGGCCGGAGUACCUCACCCCUUUACCUACCACGCUGGAUGCGAAAAAGAGCCCUCUCGCCCUGUUGGCGCAGACGUGCAGCCAGAUCGGCGCCGACUGCCCGAACUCGAAACCACUUCUCCCGCCCUUGGACAAAAGCCACAAGAAGUCCGAAAGCUCCCGGGACAAGGUUUCCCCCGCCACCAACGACAGCAGCAGCAAUAGCACGCCGUCAGUCACAAAAUCCGUGGCCAGUUUCAAACCCUACGAGACGACCAAAGACAUUGACGUCAGCGGCCGUUCCUCCUCAGGUCGCUCCAAGACGCCCCAGUCCUCCAAGAGUGUCACCCCCAACAAUAACAACAACACAAUUGUAGCGUCGGCCAACGGCCCCACCACCACGCGCUCUCCAACCACCUCCCCUCACUCCAGGAAAACACCUUCGGAGGGUAAGGAGAGGGAGAGGCACAGUCCGGUCAGCAGCAAGGCCGCGGCCUUCUCGAGUCUCAUCACCGGCGAGUCCAAGGACUCGACGCCCUCCUCCUUCAAACCGAGUCCAAGCAGCAGCAGUGCCGCCGCCCUUGCGGCUGCAGCGGCGGCCGCUUCUCUUCCCCCAGGCUUCCUCGGCUACCCCCACCUCCCGGACCUGGCCCUGAGCAGCCUCAUGUUCGGUAAAACCCAUCCCGGGCUCAACCCCUACCUGAGCUACUCCAGGAUGAAGACUCCUGGAGGUGCCGAGUCCCUGGUGCCGGUGUGUCGCGACCCUUACUGCACAGGGUGCACCCUGAGCUCGCACCUUCUGAAGGGCGGCGCCACGCCCUCCUCGGCGCAGACGGCCACCACGCCCACUUCAACGGCCUCGACGGCCGGCAGCUGUCCGAGUGGUUGCGUCACCUGUGAUCACCAAAAGGGCGCCAGCAGCCCUUCGGCCCUGGGAGCGGCCGCCGCCCUGGCCCUGCCCCACCUGAUUCCAGGUCUGGGGUCUCCGUACGCUUCGCCCCUGACGGCGCACAUGCCGUACGUGUGCAACUGGAUCGCCGGGGACAACUACUGCGGCAAAAGGUUCACGUCGAGCGACGAGUUGCUGCAGCACCUCAGGUCGCACACCAACCUGACGGACUCUCUGGGUGCCUCGAUGCCCACCCACCCGCUCCUCGCUAGUCAUGCCGCCGCCAUGGCUGCCCUGCACCGCACCUACCCCACCCCCCCGCUCAGCCCGCUGGCCGCCGCCAGGUACCACCCUUACUCGAAACCGCCGCUUCCCCACUCCCUGUCAGCCGCCGCGUUCCAGCUUCACCCUCACCCAGGGAUGCCACCCUACUUUUCGCCCUACUCCUUGUACGGGCGCGCCGCCUCCGGAAUGCAUCCUUAAUUCGCUCAUCGCGUGAACAGUGCUGAUUGUGAUGACUGAUUCUGGUUUCCAAGGAAUUGUUCUUUUUUCGUUCGGCAGCUAAUGUGAUUUUUAUCUUUUGACAGAGAGAAACGGAAAAAAAUGUGGAUUUUUUGUUAUUUGGCUUUUUUUAGUUACACACGUACUUGGAAACUGGAACUUGUUCUAGUUGCGCGAUGCAGUGAUUGAGUUUAAAUUAUUAUAUCAUGUUGUGAGUGUGAUUUUCAUAUCAUGUCAGGGUACUGGACUCGUACGUUGUUGCGCCCUGAUUAAGAGACUGAUCGUCUGUAAUUCAGCAAUUGUCAUACAUAUUAUGUUUCUCUCGCCCGAUAAUCUCUGUAGGGUCACAUGAAGCGGGAAAAAGAAGAAAAAAAAUGAUAUAUAUUUUCAACAAAUUAAGUGCCACACAAUAUUUAUUAUCAGAAUCCAGCAGCCGAGGGCAGUCGGCCAAUCAAGUGUGAUUUCCUUCACAGUCUCUGCGUGUUCCAAGUCUCAUCUGUGUUUCAAAAUUCGUCUCAGUGUCGCAUUUUCCCGUUUUUAUCUUGCCUCGUCUGGCUGCCCUCUGAGCUGACACGUUCUCGCUGAUAUGUAAAUAAUAAUCGUCAAGAAGAAUUUUUGUACAUGUGAUGUACAGGAUUAUUAAUUUAAUAUAACAGUUGUCAAGAACCAAAGCUGCGAUUUUUUCAUUAUAAUUCCUUAUUUUUACAAUUUCCAUCCAUCUCAAAAGAAAAAUAAAAUGUGUCUCACAGUGUUCCGAUCUUAUAUGAAAUAUUGACAUGAUAAUUAAAAUAAAAUGUUGGAAAAUAUAUUAUUAAAUUAAAAUACAGUUUUAGGUUCAUUUUCGUGUUUUUCUCCGAAUUCAAAUUUCUGUCCCAAUUUCUCUGUUUCAAUUUUUGAUGUUGAUUUGUUGUUCCUAUUGACGAAACACAAAAUAAGCUUCGUAAAAAUAAAAAGUUGGUGGACUUAAAAAUCAAA